GCAAAACUCGAACAUCGCCGCCAGGAACCCGCGAGCAAGAAAAAAAAAUCAGAAAAGGAAAACACCAUGAUUCGAUACGAGAGCAGUAAUUUUUAAAGGGGGCACCUCCGGGUCAGGAUAAGCCGAAGUUCCAUAAAAAUGACGAGCCUUCUGAGUCCUUAAUGUCGACCCCGGAGUCAAACCACCACUCGAAACCCAUCUUCAAUGAAAUCAUCGUGAUAUGCUCUAAUCAGAAAUGAACAGAAAUAACUUGGUAAGGAACGACAAAAUGGACCUCGCCGAGAAGGGAGACAAAAAUAGGGAAACGAAAAAUGCGAUCAACUUGGACACUUCAGGGACCAGGGAAAGUGCUGAUAGUAGCCGGGAUCGGAGACUUCCUCGACCCGGAGAUUCAGCUAGAUCGAAAUUAGCUCAAAUAUUAGGCAUAGGGAAGAUCAUACCAGAUCCGAACUUUGCGAUGGUCAUCCCCAUCCCUUCGGAAGAUGCGAGGGUGCUAGGAUUGAAGAUCCCCGAAGAACAUCCUUCUAAAAGGAUACCCAACUCCUCGGGAAGACCUCCAUCUUGCUCUUCUAAAUCCUCUGCCAGUUCCAACCAGCCUAAGGGUGAGAAAAGCCAGGAAGUUAAAGGGGCUUUUAGUCCUGUGUCCGGAAGCGCGUUGCAACGUUCAAAACUUCAGAGCUUCAAGGAAGGGAGACCUAUCGAGAGCCCUAAGGGCUUUCAAGCGAAGCUGGAACGAGGAUUAAGAAAUAUCUCCAACAGGACUGGAAGUUUAACAAGGAAGACCAAAAUUGAAGGUAAAAAGAACCUUUUCCCUUGGUUGCUCACCAGCGCUGGAGGUGCUCCUAGGCCCACGAGUUGCAAAGAAGAAAAACCCGUGGAGAGCCAGGAAGUUCCCGAGGUCCUUGAUCAGGACACUGCGGAUAGAUCCACUGAACCCGACUCCAAGUCUAUGAGACACUUGUUCAGUAUGGCCGAUUCCUGGAGCAGCGAUUCCGUGGUCAGCCAUUCGGACAACUGCAGCUGCUGUCAUGGCACUGAAAAGUGUCCUCUUCAUGGAAAGAUUAACCUGGAAAGUGAAAACGAUUGACAAUAAAUAAGAAGAGGACAAUCGAUAAGGAGUUCUUAUACAAAAAGGCACGAUGUAAAUGAGGCCAAGGUGCGCUCCCACGGAGGACUUAUUUUUGACUUGUUCUGCGCCUUCCAAAACACCGCCGUAUUGCAAAAUAUUAAAAGUACCAUUGGUUAAUAAAACAUGGCUACUUUUUGGUAGUAUACUAUGGCUGACCUGUCAAAAGGGCUGCGCCGGAACACACGUAGUCUCCUUCACAUCAUGACAAGAAAGUAUCUUAAUUUUCUAAAUUAUCAAUGACGAAGAACGAUAAAAGUUACACGGAUGUAACUCCUUAAUAAUAUUCCCCCUUAACGUUUACGGCUUUUGGAACACCUGGUCUUCUCCAAGUAACAUGGAACCCACAUAGUACAACGGAACGACUCCACCAUCCGAAGACCAAAAAUUCCCCAUGACGUAGAACUGGAUUGAAAAUUAUGUUGACAUACAAAGCUUCCUCGUAACGUGUCUGAAAUUAUGAGAAAAAAUUAAUAAAAAGAGUAAGACAUCGAGGAUUUGAUUUCUGUUGUUUGCAACUUCUGAGAACGUCAUCUUUGGGCGAGAAGAAACGUUCCGGAAUAGAUAAUCAGCUCUUUCGUUUCAAGAGUAUAACUUUCCCAUCGCAGGGACUCCCAAGAGCACCUACUGCAUCAACUGCACCUGCCACCGCAUGAGCCAGUCCUGCCCAUAAAGGAGCGACUAGCUAGGGACGGUAUACCUCUUAGGGGAGCCAUUGCUUCUCUACCUUACCUACGACCAUACUACUCACACAAUAAAAACCCUCAGAACUGAAUAGACGCUGCAAUUAUACACUUAGAGCGAAAUACA